GCACAACACAACGGAUGCAUGAACCCUUAUAGCCAGUGCACCGCACUGACGUAUCCAUGCGUCCUUAAGAAACGGGUGCGGAUUGGAUAGUUACCUCAUUUUGGUUCAGUGUUACAAAUUUUAGAGAAGGCGAUUUCAGACAGUUGUACAAAUCGAGAGAGAGAAGGCGUGAAAGUAAGGGUUCGUUUCUUGCCCUUUUUCUAUUUGGAGCUCUGCUUUGCCAUCAACUUUUUAGGGUUCCCCUCUCCUCCUGUACUAAAAUCUCCCCUUUUUCCUCCUCCUCUUGUUCAGUUUCAUAGAGAAAGAGAGGGGGUGGAUGAAGAAGGAAACAGGGGUAGAUCUGUUCGAGCCUCCUCGAGGUGUAAUGGAUUCUGAGUAUUCGGGAGGUGGGAGUGGGGCUGGGGGUUCGACGGCCAAUUUUGCGUUUGCGUUCAAUGAUAGCAAUUUCUCGGACCGCAUUCUCAGGAUAGAGAUCAUAUCAGGGUUGAUGGAGAGCAAAUCUGAGGGCGAGGGUUGCAAUAGCAUCGCUGAUUGGGCCAGGAAUCGCAAGCGCCGCAGGGAAGAGAUCAAGAGAGAGAACAACAAUGUGUCGGAACUUACUGUAUGCCACGGGGAUCAGAUAUUGAACACUAAUCAGCCAAACAUUGAGGAUGGGGUGACAUAUGAAAACCAGGAUGAGGAAGAUUUUGCAAUGGUGGAAUCACCUUCAGGUUUUGCAAUGCUUACGAGCCCCAAUGAAGAUGAGGCGGCACACAGCAGUGAUUCGUCUUCGAGCAUGGAUUGUUCGACCGUUCUAAGAGUUACAAAGAUACACAUCAGCUCUGCUAUUUUAGCUGCAAAAAGCCCUUUCUUUUAUAAGCUCUUUUCAAAUGGCAUGCGAGAAUCAGAGCAGAGAGAUGUGACAUUACGUAUCAAUGCAUCUGAGGAGGCUGCCCUCAUGGAGCUACUUAAUUUUAUGUACAGUGGGACACUGUCAACUACUACUGCUCCAGCAUUGCUAGAUGUACUGAUGGCUGCUGACAAGUUUGAGGUUGCUUCAUGCAUGCGCCACUGCAGCCGGUUGUUGCGUAAUCUCCCAAUGACACCAGAAUCUGCUCUUCUCUAUCUUGAGCUUCCUUCCAGUGUUUUGAUGGCAGAAGCAGUCCAACCUCUUACAGAUGCAGCUAAGCAGUACCUCGCCAAACGUUACAAGGACUUGACUAAGUUCCAGGAGGAGGUGAUGGCCCUCCCUCUACCCGGUAUCGAAGCAGUGCUAUCGAGCGACGAGCUGCAAGUAGCAAAUGAAGAUGCUGUGUAUGACUUUGUCCUUAAGUGGGCACGCGUGCAGUAUCCCAGGCUCGAGGAGCGGCGCGAGGUCCUUGGCACACGCCUCGGCCGCCUCAUCCGCUUCCCCAACAUGUCAAGCCGCAAGCUGAAGAAGGUGCUAGCUUGCAACGACUUCGACCAUGACCUAGCCACCAAGCUUGUGAUGGACGCCCUUUUCUUCAAGGCAGAGACUCCUCACAGGCAGCGGGCCCUCAUGGCUGAGGAGUCCGCCAACCGGCGCUUCGCUGAGCGUGCCUACAAGUACCGCCCCGUGAAGGUAGUCGAGUUCGAUUCCCCCCACACACAAUGCAUUGUCUUCCUCGACCUGAAGCGCGAGGAAUGCGCUGCACUCUUUCCCACCGGCCGUGUCUACUCUCAGGCCUUCCAUCUUGGGGGCCAAGGCUUCUUCCUCUCUGCCCAUUGCAACAUGGACCAACAGAGCUCAUUCCACUGUUUCGGCCUCUUUUUGGGAAUGCAAGAGAAGGGCUCUGUCAGCUUCGCUGUAGACUAUGAGUUUGCGGCAAGGUCAAAGCCUACGGCUUGGGAGUUUGUGAGCAAGUACAAGGGCAAUUACACCUUUACUGGGGGGAAGGCAGUCGGAUACCGCAACCUCUUUCAGAUGCCAUGGACUUCAUUCAUGGCAGAGGACAGCCACUAUUUUGUGAAUGGUGUGCUUCACCUGAGGGCUGAGCUCACCAUCAAGCCGCAGGCACUGUGUUGAGUGCGGUGGCCUUUUCUCUGUGAUGUUUAUUUUCUUUUUGUAAUUGCCUUUUGCCUUUGGGGCCUGGGCUGGCUUUAGUUUAGCCCAUGGAGGGGAGUUUUAAAAAGGUGUGCUAAUGCGCUUGUUGUUGGGUGCUACGCUCAUCGGGAACUUGCUUGACGCACUUGUCCAUUAUUGUAGUUUGAAUGCAGCUGCUGAAAAAAAAAGUUGAAGGUGCAUUGGAUGAUCCCAAGGCAUGUGGCUCUUACGUACUUGGAUUGAAGCAAGGAAACAUUUAUCUUCAACCCAACUGCAUGUGGUUGUUUUAUUACUGGUAUUUUAAGGUAGGUUAAGCUGGC